AUGUCCUUAGAGUUGCAACUACUUUCUGAGAUGUCAAGAUGCUGGAUUUUCCUGUGCAUAAGCCCGGCAGCACUCCUAUCAGGCCGAAAUCUUCUUCCUUCCGGUGGCCGAGAGCAAGCAAGAUUACAAAGAGUUGAGUCCUUGAAGCGAUCGUCCGUUCAUUUAAUUGCAUUUGUCAAGUUGAGAAUACUGAAAAACUCCAAGUCUCCGAUGGCGGAUGCUAAGAUCUUUGAGCUUAACAAUGGCAACAUGCAAGUACUAGUCUCCAAUUACGGAUGCACCAUCACUUCCCUGCGUGUUCCUGACAAAAAUGGGCAAUUGGCUGAUGUUGUUCUUGGAUUUGACACAAUUGAGCCAUAUCAGAAAGGUGCCGCCCCUUACUUUGGGUGCAUUGUGGGUCGGGUGGCUAACAGGAUAAAAGAUGGCAAGUUUGCACUUGAUGGAGUUGAGUAUUCAUUGCCCAUUAACAAGCCACCAAACAGCCUCCAUGGUGGGAACAAGGGAUUUGACAAAGUAAUCUGGGAAGUUGCUGAAUAUACGCAAGGCGAUACUCCAUCAAUAACCUUCAAAUAUCACAGCCGUGAUGGAGAAGAAGGCUACCCGGGGGACGUAUCUUUCACAGCCACAUACACACUCACGUCUAAGACUACAAUGCGGCUUGACAUGGAAGGCCUUCCCAAAAAUAAGCCCACCCCAAUCAGCUUAGCCCAACACACAUAUUGGAACUUAGCCGGCCACAACUCCGGAAAAAUCCUUGACCACACAAUCCAAAUAUGGGCCCAUCAUAUCACCCCAGUGGACAACAACACUGUCCCAACCGGAGAGAUCAUGCCUGUUAAAAACACGCCAUUUGACUUCACAACUGAGAAUAAAAUUGGCGAUCGCAUAAAUGAGGUCGGCAUAGGGUAUGACCACAAUUACGUGCUCGACUGUGGUGAUGAGAAAUCGGGUCUAAGGCAUGCUGCCAGGUUGCGUGACCCGGUAAGCUCGAGGACUUUGGACUUGUGGACAGAUGCUGCAGGAAUGCAGUUUUACACGGCGAACUAUGUGAACGGUAUUGUGGGUAAAGGUGGUGCGGUUUACGAGAAGCAUGCUGCCACGUGUCUGGAGACGCAGGGGUUUCCUAAUGCCGUGAACCAGCCGAAUUUUCCCUCGGUCGUCAUUCGGCCUGGGGAGAAGUAUGUGCACACCAUGCUGUUUGAAUUUUCGGCCUGA